AUGGCAGCCACUGAGCAAAGUGGCUUGACAGGAGGCCCUGCCAUGCUGGCCGGCAUCCAAGAUGUGGACGUCCGCAUGGGCUUCAUCCGGAAGGUCUAUGGCAUCCUGGGCGCUCAGAUGGUCGUUACGACGAUCAUUGCGAGUUUGAUCACCAUCUACGGCGAGCAUUUGGUGAAGUACAAUCCCGCCUUGGUGACCUCCCUGAUGGUCGUCUCAAUGGUCAUGUCAAUCAGCACGAUGUGCGUCUUCAUCUGCUGCCCUGACACCAUGCGAAAAACGCCCACGAACUACUUGCUGCUCCUUUGUUUCACGGUGGCCGAGUCUGUCAUGGUAGGUUUCAUCUGUGUCCAGUACACGGUCCAGUCUGUGCUCGUGACGCUGGGUAUCACUGCUGCACUGGUGCUAGCUCUUUCUCUGUUUGCCCUCCAGACAACGUACGACUUUACCGGCUUCAUGCCCUACCUAUUUGCCCUGGUAUGCAGCCUCUGUUUGUUCGGCCUCGUGAUGUCCAUCUUCGCCUGGACCGGAGCGCUGAGCACUGGUGCCUUCCAGGUGUUGAACAUGAUCUACGCUGGUCUUGGGGCGGUCAUCUUCUCGUUUUACAUCAUCUUCGAUACCCAGCUGAUUGUGGGAGGGAAGCACAACAAGUUCAGGUUCAGCAUUGACGACUAUUGCAUGGCAGCGAUUAACAUCUAUGUCGACAUCAUUCAGCUCUUUUUGUUCUUGCUGCAGCUCUUGGGCGACCGCCGUCAGUGA